AUGCGCGCCUCCACCUCGACUCUCUCCGAGAUCCCGUCGCUCUUCGGCGUCGAGGGCCUCGUCGCCGUGGUCACCGGCGGCGGCACAGGGAUCGGGCUCAUGAUCGCCAAGGCGCUCGAGCACAACGGCGCGACGGUCUACAUCGUCGGCCGCCGGCUCGACGUCCUCGAGCGCGCCGCGCGCGAGCACAGCCGCCACGGCCAGCUGAUCCCCGUGCGGGGCGACGUGACGGACCGGGAGUCGAUGGCGGCGGUCGCGGCGGCGGUGCGCGAGCGGCACGGGUUCGCGAACGUGCUCGUGAACAACGCGGGGCUCGCGACGAACUUCCUGCCGAAGCUGCCGGGCCCGGGCGAGGCGGACAUGAAGACGUACCAGGCGCUGCUGUGGGACGCGGGCACGCCGGCCGAGUUCGGGGCCGCGUUCGACGUGAACGUGAACGCGGUCUGGUACGCGUCCGUCGCGUUCCUCGACCUCCUCGACGCGGGGAACCGCCGCGGGGGCGGGGGCGCGACGAGCCAGAUCAUCACCGUCGCGAGCGGGGGCGGGUUCCGGAAGGACGACAAGGUGUUCAGCGUGCCGUACACGCUCUCGAAGUCGGCCGCGACGCACCUCGGCAAGAUGCUCGCGCACUUCCUCAAGGACUGGCAGAUCCGGAGCAACGUGAUCGCCCCGGGCAUCUUCCCCUCAGAGAUGGUCGACGGCCUGAUCUCCGACGAGUACGUCCGCGCGGGCGUGCCGCUGCACCGCGCAGGCACCAUCGACGACAUGGGCGGGCUCGUGCUGUUCCUGACGAGCAGGGCGGGUUCCUAUCUGAACGGGACCGUCCAGCUUAUCGACGGCGGACGGCUGCUGCUGUACCCGUCGAGCUACUGA